GAACUUAUUUGGCAGUUUAGGUCAGUUAAGUCCAUCGUUAACAUGAAUAGGUGGUCGGGGAAAGUCGCUGUAGUUACUGGUGCCAGUGCAGGAAUUGGGGCAAGUGUGGCUGAAAAAUUGGUACAGGAAGGAUUGAAUGUUGUUGGUAUAGCUAGGAGGAAAGACCGCAUCUUAGAAUUAGCCAAAAAAUGUGGGGAGCAGAAUGGAAAAUUGUAUGCAGUCCAGGCAGAUUUGACAAAACAAGAAGAAAUCAUACAAGCAUUUGAUUGGAUUAAUAAGAAUGUGGGUCCCGUUAGUAUCUUAGUAAACAAUGCUGGUCUAGGAAGAAAAACUAACCUCAUUAAUGGGGACAUUGAAGAGUGGAAAAAAGUACUGGACACGAAUGUUCUAGCCGUAGCGAUUGCCUCAAGAGAAGCUAUCAAAUCCAUGCAAGAAAACAAGAUCGAUGGUCAUAUCGUUAAUAUCAAUAGUACAGCUGGUCAUCAAGUUCCAAAAAUUCCAUAUAAUAACGUUUAUCCAGCUUCAAAGUUCGCUGUAACUGCAUUAUCGGAAACAUUGAGAAAUGAGCUUAUCACUAUUGACAGCAAGAUAAAAGUAUCGAGCGUUAGUCCAGGAUGUACUAUGACAGAAAUAUUUGAAGUGAACGGAUUUACUGAAGAUGAACAAGUGCAACAAUUAUUAAAAGUUGUUCCGUCAUUGAAGGCAGAGGAUAUCGCCAAUGCUGUACUAUAUGUUUUGGGAACUCCUCCAAUGGUUCAGGUAACUGAAUUGAUCGUCAAGCCACUAGGUGAAUCCGUAUGAUCAAUAUUAGAGAAAUAUUGAUUUCUCGCAAUAUGAUUCUCUAAAUGCAAGAUGGAGUAGUAUUAUUCAGAAUUAUAUAAUAUUCAACUCAUUAUCUAUUACAAUGUAUUAGCAAUUUAGUAGAUUUAAAUAAAUAAGCAUUAUUUUAUUUAGUGAUUACCUAAAAAAAUAAUAAUAAA